AUGACCAGGUGGGCUCGAAAAGUCGCCGCUGCGGGCGGCAAGGCGCUGAAGUCUACCCCCUGGGAGGAGAUGGCGGGGGGGCCCGCGGAGAGCGGGCCGGAGAGAAAGAGUAAAAGGAAAAAAGUGUACCAGAACGAAGACGUCAAUGGGUUUGCGGCUUACAUGAAGCAGGCGGGGAGCGGGGGGAUGGAGGAGGCGGCAGUGGCCCUGAAGAAGGACCGGCGGCGGGAAGACAGGAGGCUGAGGAGGCAGGAGGCAAGGAAAAACGCCAUGGUAUGUUUCCACUGCAGAGAACCUGGCCAUGGUGUUGCUGAUUGUCCAGCUGUACUGGAAAGUCAAGAUAUGGGUACAGGAAUCUGUUACCGGUGUGGAUCCACAGAGCAUGACAUCAGCAAAUGCAAGGCAAAGAUAGACCCAGCUGUUGGUGCAUUUCCAUAUGCAAAAUGUUUCAUCUGUGGUGAGAUGGGACAUCUAUCGAGGUCGUGUCCUGACAAUCCCAAGGGAUUGUAUGCUGAAGGUGGCUGCUGCAGACUUUGUGGCUCUGUGGAGCACUACAGAAAAGACUGUCCGGAAAACCAGAACUUAGACCAGGUUACAGUUGGACGAUGGGCCACUGGAAUGAGUGCCGAUGAUGAAGAAACUACAGAAACACCAAAGCUACAAAAAUCCAAAGUGAAAGUACUUAAAGUUAUUCAUUUUUGAAAGCCUCCUUUGGUUGCUAAACCACAGUGGCUGUGCACUACUUCAGUUCCGUGUAGUGACUGCAUAGAGCAGAUUGCUGCUUCCUGAAAACCAAGUGCAUUGCUGCUGCUAGGUCCAUGUCCCUGAUUUUUUCAGUUCAACUUGCAGACUAAUCUAGCUUACUGAAAAGCUAGGAACAACAGAAAUGCAUCAAGAAGGUGUUUUAUUUAUUCUUUUUAUAUUUUGGCACAAACACCUUCUGCUAGUUCUCUAAAGAGGGAAAUUGGUUUCCUCUGGUAAUGUGCAGUGUCGUUGCAAUAAAAAGAGGGUUAUGUGCAUUUUGUCACAGGGCUUUAUGACCACUGGAUUUAGGUGGUCAGUAUUGUUACCUUAAGGUGUUGCUGUAUUGGAGAUGAAUACAAUUAUGCUGAUCUUAAGUCUUCCCACAUUUCUCUGAAAGGGACUGUGGGCAUUUUCUAAAUACUAAUUGGACUCUAGAUUGGUUUUGUUUCUUAGAAUUAUGCUGUGCUCUGUAUGUGCCCAUUUGAGCUGUCUGACAGCAAAGUUAUCAGGUAAAACCUACAGCCUACGUGACUCUUGCCUUCUGUCUGGAGAACUUGCGGGUGUGAUUCCUGCUAUACGUGAUGGAUCUAUCAGUGUGUACAUGCAAUAAUCUGAUUAUAUGUGUUUGUGUUA